AUAGUUUUUGCCUUCCCUUUUGUAUCCACCACAACCUGAUUGUUUCUGGUCUGUAACCACCACCAGCUUUACAACGGAGAAACGGCGAAAGUGAUGGAAUUCCAGCUGGAAAAGAUUUUCAGCUGGUCAUUAAAUCUUCCAACCCAGAUGAAUUUUACGACGAUAUCGACCCAACUGAAGAGGUGACUUUGCCCCCUGAAGGCACAACAGUGGAAAAUACUGUAGAAGAUAUUGUCUGGAAUACAACUCUUCCCACCACCCAACCAUCAAGCACUCACCCAGCACAGAACACCACAGCAGACGGAAAUGAUAAGGAGCUAAUGAGACGGUCAGAAAGAAGAAAACGACAACUGAAAAGUAUAUUUCCAGAUCCAUGUAUACUCCCAAUGGAUGAAGGUUUCUGCUCCAAAUACAUCUUGCAGUGGUAUUACAACCUGGAAGCUGAUGACUGUCGGCCUUUUGUUUAUGGAGGUUGCGGAGGGAACAGUAAUCGAUUUAAAACUCAAAAGAAAUGCGAGCGGAGAUGUAACAGCAGGACAGAAUCAUCUCCGGGAAGGUGAUAGUAUUUUAUGAUUAUUCUCUGUUUACAUAUGAAAAAAAUUGGGCAUAUGCAUCAUUCUGUCUGUCAUGGAAACAGAGAUAUCCUGCAAAUUGUUAGGGCAGAAGUGAUUCAAUAUCUAAGUAUGAUUUAUGUGAUCAUAUGCCAAGAAAACAAAGGACAAAAUGACAAUGUUCAAAACCCUCAGGAAACCUUGAGUAUUUACCACAUAAAGUGCAGUUCUACAUAUUAUGUGUUAUGAUAUAUGUUUAGCUGUUUAUAUUUGAAGUUUGUAAUAUUUGUUAUUGUAUUUUUGUUAUCACUCUGUUAACUGAGAUUGAUUUUGAAUUUCGAUUUCAGGAAGAUGAAGACAUUGUGACAAUUAUAUAAUAAGAUUAUGUGUUAUUCACAUACAGCAAUAUAAGAUAAAUACACCUUCCCUGAAAUACCAUUACAUGGAAUAAUAAAAAAAAAUUAGAAUGUUAAAAAAAAAAAAUCUUUCUCAAACAUAAUAAAUCAAACAGUAGUGUAUAGAUAUUACUAUAUGUAAAAAGUUAAAACAUUUCAAAUUGAUUUGACAGUUUCAAGAAUUAUUUCAAAUUUUAUUGUAUGAAUUAAAAAGAUGUUAUAAAUGUCAUGUGACGUGUUCCGAUGUGUCUAAUGUUUGCGCUAUUCAGUUGGAUUUAUAUAAUGACAACUAAUUUGAAAUUGUGAGACAAAUCAUAAAAAAACUGCCUGUUGUCAGCCCCAACUAUGUUUCUGUAUCUAUGUGUUAAAAUAAAUUUAAAUCAACAUUUUAUUUAAAUAA